GCGCAUCUAUAUAUGGCCAUGAAGGGGUUGUAUCGACUGGUCACUUCUACCUGAAAAGAGAGGAAGAACUCGAAUAUUAUCUCAACUUGUGUACGCAAGAGAGAUGGCAUCUGAAAGACAAAAACAAGGAGGAGUACAACCUGGCAAAGAACACGUCAUGGACCCAACUCCACAAUUCUCUAGUUCAGACUACCAACCCUCCAACAAGCUCCGUGGAAAGGUCGCCCUGAUAACGGGCGGAGACUCGGGGAUUGGUAGAGCCGUGAGUUACUGUUUUGCACUUGAAGGUGCCACAAUUGCCUUCACGUACGUGAAGGGCCAAGAGGAAAAGGACGCACAAGAGACUCUACAAAUGUUGAAGGAAGCAAAUACCUCGGAGGCUAAGGACCCGAUUGCAAUUCCAACGGAUUUAGGAUUCGAUGAGCACUGCAAGAGGGUUGUAGACGAGGUUGUUAAUGCGUUUGGACGUAUUGAUGUCUUGAUCAAUAACGCAGCGGAGCAGUACGAGAGCAAUUCCAUCGAAGAGAUCGAUGAACCUAGGCUGGAACGUGUCUUCCGGACAAACAUUUUCUCUUAUUUCUUCCUCACAAGGCAUGCGUUGAAGCAUAUGAAGGAAGGAAGCAGCAUAAUAAACACAACAUCUGUGAACGCCUAUAAGGGACAUGCAUCGCUUCUCGACUACACCGCUACAAAAGGAGCGAUUGUGGCGUUUACUCGAGGUCUUGCACUUCAGCUUGCUGAGAAAGGGAUCCGUGUUAAUGGUGUAGCACCUGGUCCUAUAUGGACCCCCCUUAUCCCAGCUUCGUUUAAUGAGGAGAAAAUUAAGAGUUUCGGGACAGAAGUCCCAAUGAAACGAGCCGGGCAGCCCAUUGAGGUGGCACCUUCCUAUGUUUUCCUGGCUUGUAACCAUUGCUCAUCUUACUUCACAGGCCAAGUUCUUCACCCUAACGGAGGUGCUGUUGUGAAUGCCUAAGGCAUGGCUCGACCGUGACAAUGGACUUAUUAUGCUGAUAGAAGUUGUUGCGUCGUUUUUUUUUCUCUAAGUUGUUCCGUCGUUGUGGUUCUAAUGGCCUUUUGUUAGUCAUGUAUGUUGGUUAUGUGUGAAAACGGUAUAUUUUGUAAUCUUCUGGAAGUAUCAGAAGUGUUGAAAUAAAGAUGAAGUUUGACCAAAAUAAAAUAAAACAAAGAUGAAGAUGAAGAUGAA